AUGUCUUUACAACGAACUCCUCCUCAUACUACAUCUGUACCAAAAUUGAAUGCACCUACUAAUUCUACGUUACAUUACAACUCGGAUUCAGCAUUGAAUAUAUCAAACAAACCGGAAUUAGAGGACAACUACUUCAACAUAACAAAACGUCAGAAGCGUACCUUUGAGGAUGUAAACAAUGAUUCAACAUGCCAUUUCUCGGAUAUACAAGCGAUGAUUAUCGAACUCAAAUCUCAGCAAGAACAUAAGUUCGUGUCAUUAAAUAGCGCUUUAAAUAUGAUUAUCAAUCAAAAUUCUGAAUUACAGAAGUCUGUGGAAAGCAUUUCUUCUCAACAUCAAGAGUUGCUAUCGAAAAUUAGUAACGUAGAAAAAGAAAACAGGGAAUUAAAGGAGCAAGUGAGUAAUUUGGAAAGUCAUGUUAACUUCUUCGAAAAACAACUGCGCUGCACGACGAUUGAAGUACGUAACCUGCCGAAGCAGACUAACGAAACUAAAAGGACCCUGGCAAAUAGAAUUCAGGAAAUCGGCGCAGCUCUAUUUAUAUCUGAAUACCUGUCAAAACAGUCAAGAAAACUAUUCUAUUUGGCGCGUACAAAUGUUAAAGAAAAUAAGCUUGCUGCGACUUGGACAUCAUUUGGAAACAUCUAUGUCAAGAAAUCAGAGGAUUCCUUGCCGAUACGUAUCAAAAGUGAGGUUGAGUUGGGAAGAGUUUUAUUGUGA